AUGCGACAACGCGCCGCCGCCAUGAUGAACGUCAUGGCCAUCGGGCUCGUCCUCUCCACCUUGGCCGCCGCGGGCGUCUGGUCGCCCGCGCCGCCACCCUCAGCCCAGCAGCACGGGGACCACGUCGUCCGGGAGGGCCGACGCGUGGUCAUCGUCGAGUACGAGCGGGAGCGCCCGCUCUCGCCCGGCGUCAAGGAGGUGCGCGUCCUGUCAGACCAUGGCCCCCUCGUCGGCGGCGAGGGCGGCGACAAGGUAUUCCACGAGGCCGGAGGCGUGGUCUCUGACGCGGCCGGCAAGGUAGCUGGCGCGGCGGAGGAGGGCGAGGAGAAGAUGUCCGAUGCCAAGGUGAGCGCCAAGGGCGGUGACCUCGGCGCGGUCAAGCGGUGCAAGGACAGGCUCUGCGGCGCGGGCAGGAAAGUAGAAGAGGGCGCUAAAGACGCGACGUCGCGUGUCGAGCAUGGCGCGGAGGACGCGGUCCGAGGCGCCAAGGAGAUGAUCUCGGAUGCCAAGGACAGCGCUGAGAACAAGGCGUACGACGCCGCGUCGCAGGGGAAGGAGACCGUGAAGAGCGCCAGGGACAAGAUCUUCGAAGCAGCCGGUAAAGCCAAGGAGAAGGAGUCGGACAUCAUGCACGGAGCAGCUGAAGCCGCGAAGAGUGCGAAAGAUAGGGUGUCUGAGGCGGCCAAGAACGCCAAGGACAGCGCCGAGGAUACUGUCAAGAGCGCCAAGGACAGGGUCGCCGACAUCGCCGAGAGAGCCGAGGAGUACGCGGAAGACGCCGCCGAGCGCGCGGCGGACAAGGCCGCGGAAGCCGAGGAGGCCGUGAAGGCGAAGGCCGGCGAGGUGACCAAGAACCUGACCGACAUCGCGCGUAGGGCGUGGGACGUGGCGUCCGACGCCGCCGCGUACCUCCUCGGUGGGCCAAGGGAGGCCGUGCGCACCGCGACGGCCGUGAUGCACCUCCUGGGCUUCGCCACGGCCUAUGGCACCUGCGUCUGGGUGACGUUCGUGUCCAGCUACGUGCUCGCUUCGGAGCUGCCAAGGCAGCAGCUCGGCAUGCUGCAGAGCAAGCUGUUCCCGUUGUACUUCCGCGCCAUGGCCUACGGCGUCGGCCUGGUGCUCGCCGCGCACCUGCUCGGGCGAGAGCGGAGCUCCCUCGCGUCGCGCGCCCAGAGCUUCAACGUGCUCGCCGCGCUCUCCCUGAUCCUCGCCAACAUGCUGCUUCUGGAGCCAAAGGCCACCAAAGUGAUGUUUGAAAGGAUGAAAGUGGAGAAGGAAGAAGGCAGGGGACGGGACAUGGCGGAUAUCGACGACCCACCGGCCGGCAGCAUUGCGACGACGGCCACCAACACCGCCACUGCCGCCCGCGCAGAAGCGGCAGCAGCACGUACUGCCGUCGACGGCGUGGCGACGACGGGCGACGCGGAGAUGUCCAAGAGCAGGAUGGCGAGGCUGAACAAGCGGCACAAGAAGCUCAACAGCUACUCGUCCCUGUGCAACGUGCUGUCGCUGAUGGCCCUCACCUGGCACCUCGUGCACCUCGCCCGCCGCCUCCAGACGGGCACUGCCUGCUAGGCUGGUCUGCGCUCAUCUUUGGCUCCCCCGUGCUCUGCAGCUCUUCGUCGUCUCGUUGUACUUUUCAGUUAGCAUUCAGUUUAUGCUUCAGAUGUCUGCGAGUGACUAGUGAUGUUAGUGCUCCAGUUUCAGUUGUUUGGGAAGUUCGUAGACGUAUCGUGGGUGUAACUGAGAAUCAAGU